AGAGUAGAGGUCUCACUGAUCAUAAACUUUGUUGUAGAAAAUCUAUAAUCACCGAAUGGCCGAAUAAUUCAGAGGCUAGGGUUGACACAUGUAUAUUGUGCUGUGUCCUGAGCCAUUUCUUAGAAUGUGCACACCAAAAGGGGGCGCCUACUCCCACUGACUGGACAUGAACUGUGGCAUUUUUUAAUGGCCCAAGGCUGCAUUAGAAAGGGGAGCACAGGAGCACAAGAACCUCGUGUGAUGAGUUGGCAACCCCUGCUUGCUGCGGCUCACCCAAGGGGCAUUCAUGCAAGAACAGGCGCUGGACAAAAUAAGAGACAGCAAACUCUUCAUUGGGUAAAAUACAGUUUUUUUAAAACGUUCUUUUCCAUCAUGGUGAUCUUCAAGCCAUGUCAGCCUGGGCAGAAAGCCAUAUUUACAAUUUCAAAAACCAUCAUUGCUUGUCGUGAUAUAAGACCCGACUUCACAAAAGUUUGAGUCUUUAGGCAGCUAAGAUGGGCAGAAAAUCUCCAGUUUGUCAAAAUCGUUAACAUGCUAAAAAGCUAUUUAGGGAAAAACUUGAUAAAGAUAAAGAGAUCUCCAGCAGAACCAGCUGCCUCUUUCCAUGACUUAGCUGGUUGGGGCAACCAAGUUUAUUUGAAGGUACCACAAUAAUCAUAAAAACGUAUCAAUGAAACUCUAGAUGUUAUCUCAUCCCACAGCCUACAAGUAUAUUUUCAUCCCUCCAAAGAGGAGGGCACCCGUUAACAAUGACUCCAGACUCAGCUUAUUUGACCAGGUCGGGUUUCACUCUAGAAACAGACACCCUCCGUACUUCAAUGACACUCCAAGACAGAAGGGAAGACCAACUACCAUAAGAAUAGGGUGCCUUUGAAUGCAUGUUCUUGUAAACAUCACAUUAAAUAAUGAGCUGUCCUUUCUCUGAGUGCAGUAAAUUUCAGCUCAAGCAUCUUCACAAGGCAAAGAAUUUUAAUACUAUGUUAUUGUGACUUUACAAAAAAAAAAAAACAAGCAGACUGCCAGGCAUCCAGAAAUGUUUGUGGGAUCUCUGCCUCUGUCUUACAUGUGGCUCGUCGGAAGGGGUUGUUUUUGUAGGACUUUUACCAGAGGGCUGGGCUUGGGUGAGGUGAGUGGGCAGGCUGCUCGUUUUACAGAAUAACAAAAGGAGACAAAAAAAGAAAAGAAAGGGCAGAGUCAUGAUUUGGAAACCCUACUUCUAUUUAAAUAUAUAGGUUCUCUACAAACACACCCACAUGUGGACACACACAGAGAUAGCAGAGACCAGCAGACAAAGUCAGGAUGUGACAUCAUGCACAGGAAGAGAAACCAAAAAACGUUUUUAAAUUCUUUUAUGUGUUGUCUGUGCUGCUGAGGAAAGUCAGAGCCCCAUCGGACUGCUGGUUGACCAUCAGAGAGGAAACGAUUCAGAGGAGCCAGGGGGAACAGCUGACUACAGUGGAGUUAAAUCCUCCCUGAACCUUCGACAACUUUCCACCCCAUUCCAAACUACAUGCUGUAGGAUUUCAGUGAGAAAAGUCUCAGCUGGAAACAAGGGCUACCUCCAGUCUUCACAUGACAGACAGUAACCCCUGUUGACCUGAUUUCAACCAGGCUGCUCCCGCUCAUUCCCUCAGGAAACUCAGCUUUUUCAAACUCAAACUUAUUCUUCAUUGCGGAGACCCAAUAAUCUUCCCUUAUCCCAGGGGAAGCGGCUGAGUCAAUGGCGCUGUGUCUCGGACAAGUGUUCAGCAAAGCCAAAACAUUCAGGCCAAGGAAGCGUUUCGAGCCCGGCACGCAGCGCUUCGAACUUUAUAAGAAGGCCCAGGCCUCGCUCAAGUCAGGCCUGAACCUGAGGAAGGUGGUUCAGUUGCCCGAGGGGGAGAACCUCAACGAUUGGAUUGCGGUCCACGUGGUUGAUUUCUUCAACAGGAUCAACUUGAUCUAUGGCACCGUCAGCGAGUACUGCAGCGAGCGCACGUGCCCCAUCAUGUCUGGGGGCCUAAAGUACGAGUACAGAUGGCAGGAUGGUGAAGACUACAAGAAACCCACCAAGCUGCCUGCUAUCAAGUACAUGAACCUGCUGAUGGACUGGAUAGAGUCUCUCAUCAACAAUGAGGACAUCUUCCCCACCAGAGUAGGUGUACCUUUUCCCAAGAACUUCCAGCAGGUGUGCAAGAAGAUUCUGAGCCGUCUUUUCAGGGUGUUUGUGCAUGUUUACAUCCAUCACUUUGACAGCAUCUGCUGCAUGGGUGCGGAGGCCCACAUUAAUACCUGUUACAAACACUACUUCUACUUCAUCUCAGAGUUCAGUCUCAUUGACAACUCUGAACUGGAGCCUUUGAGAGAGAUGACAGAGAGGAUAUGUAUUUGAUGAAAACCACAUGGACAAAGGAGUUUACAUUAUGAUGUUAUCUGAGCCCCAGGAGAGAACACCAUCUGUAAAACAUUUCAAACAUUGGACAGUUUCAUGGAUUAUACAAUGUGCCGUUGGAGGUCAAUUGACCUUCCACUUUCCUUUGGAUGGUGGUGCUGCAUCUUCACAGACAGUACAUUUUUGUGGUGCUAUAUCUUUAUACUUGUCAAAACCCUACUUUUUUCAUGCAUUUAAAUACAUGUUUUAUGUGUUGUGCUUAUAUAAUCUUGUCUUGCUUAUAAAUGUUUUUAUUAAACUUA